AUAUACUCUUUUAAAAGGAAAGUUAACUUAGACACAAUGCAAUCCCCAGCAUUCUCCUCUCUCUCUGCCCCACGCAAAGCACCAAAUCGAGCGCGCGCUAAAUCCAACCCCUUUGCCCCAACACCACCAUCACCGCGCCCAAAACCCCUCCACGACAUUUUUGAUUUUUGAUGAGUCACAAGAAUCGCUUUGAAUGGGAGCUCAACAAAGCGUUCACGCGGGUAAAGCGAAGGUCGAUUUCAAUGUGGACUUCACCCAGAUGCUAUGCGAAGCGCUUUUGUUGCCGCCGAUAAGGAACUCUAAUUUUCCUUUAUCCCAGAUUACUGGAAGGCUCUCUAUCAAACAUCCGAGUCUCUUCGGAAGGCGUGAGAAGUUAGAUGUGUUGUGGGAUAAAGGAUUGAACGAUUCCAACAUCGUUGUCGCCAUUAGGCGUCCGCGAUCUGAUUGGCUUUCUCAGCAGUCAUUUGUUAUUCAGCACUCAGUCACACCAGAGAUUGCGGUGCACGGACUCCCCAUUGACAAUUUUACACGAUCGGGGAGUACAGGUGUCAAUCUGUGCAGGUUCUCAUUAGGUUUAGAUCUUAAUGAGCCUGUUACUUCCAAUUGGAGCAGCAAAACUAGUAUUAAUUUUGAGCAUAUUCGUCCUAUCAACAACGAGGGCCGCUCUAUAAAUAGGGACGUUGAUGGUUUUCCCAUAACUUGCAGUGGUAGUCUUCAUGAUAACAUGGUUGUAUUGAAGCAAGAGUCGCAAUAUGCAGUUGUUAAGGAGGAUAGCUUUUCAAGACUGAACUUCCAAAUGGAACAAGGAUUACCUCUUCUACCAAGGUGGCUUAUUUUUAAUAGAUUCAAAUUUGUAGCAUCACAAGGAAUUAAGUUGGGGCCCACCUUUCUAGUCACCAGCUUGACAGGGGGUUCCAUUGUAGGAGACAUGGCACCACAUCAAGCAUUCACAAUUGGUGGGCUUGGUAGUGUUCGCGGUUACGGUGAGGGCGCUGUUGGCUCAGGAAGAUCGUGUCUAGUGGCCAAUAGUGAAUUCACAGUCCCCUUGACGAAGGAAUUAGAAGGCGCCGUCUUCAUGGAUUGUGGAACUGACUUGGGCACUGCUCGCCACGUACCUGGUAAUCCCGCCCUUCGGCACAGGAAACCGGGUUAUGGAAUCGGUUUCGGAUACGGUUUUCGCUUCAAUUCGCAUCUAGGGCAACUCCGGGUGGACUACGCCGUUAAUGCGUUCCAGCGAAAGACUAUUUACUUUGGCAUCAACAAUGCUGGCUCAUAAAAUAUUGUAAUGGAAAAGAGAGAGAGUUUUCAAUGUAAAACUUCAAAUCUCUCUUCCACAGCAUAAAUUGAUAUUUAUUUGUUUUAGCAUUUAGGGAUUCUCCUUAGUCUUACCAAAAUGCUGUGUAAGUAACACGCAUUUUCCUAAUGAACACCAAUUCAUUUAUUAUAUUUGAGGUUGUUUCCCACCAUUUAAUAGCCAAUUUUCUACUUAAAGCUA